AUGGCUAAGAAGGAUAUUGCUCAGAAGGAGAAUAUAAAAAAGGACUUGAAAAAGGCAAGCAAGUCUUUGUCUCCGUCCAAAAAAAUUUCAGGUUCUUUGAAAGAUUUCGUGUUGGCUUUACAAUCAUCAUAUAAAGACCACGUAAAAGAGUUGACACCAAAAUUAAUCUUAGUGGAUGUAUAUCUUUCUUUUUUAGUUCUAUUAGGGGUCCUACAAUUUGUUUAUGUCAUACUUGUGGGAAAUUUUCCUUUCAAUGCCUUCUUAGGUGGAUUCAUAAGUUGUGUGGGCCAGUUUGUACUUACAGUCAGUUUGAGAUUACAAAUUAACGUGAAGCAAGAUGCAACUUCUCCCGCUACUAAAAGCUCUGAAGAUAAUACAGCUACUGAUGAAGUUCCGUUCAAGAUUGUUACACCGGAGAGAGCAUUUGGAGACUAUAUAUUUGCAAGUUUAAUAUUGCAUUUCCUUGUUUUUCAUUUUAUUAAUUGA